AUGGCCGCGCCGGCAUCCGCCCUCGCGGCGCGCAUGCACGCCCUGCCACGCAACGAGCUCGCCGAUCUCGCCGAGCUCAUCGCGCGUGUGUGCGCCGUCAGCACGGGCGCAGACACGCGCGAUGAGCUCGCAUUCCCUUCCGCACACGCUGAAACGAGAGAGCACGACGACCUCGUCGAGCUCACCGCGCGCAUGUGCCACGCGAGCGCCGAUGCGCUCAGCCUCGCCAACGCCGCCCUCUCCGAGCACGUCCCUCCGUGGGCCGUGGAGGACGUGCUUCUCUCUCCCGACCUGCUUCCGCGCAUCUUUGCGACGCUCGAGCUCGAGGACGGCGCCGCCGCCGCCGCCUGCUCGGCCUGGCUGCGCUGCUGGAUCGACACGGACGAGCAGCGGCGUGGGCUCCGGCCGGCGGAGCUUGGGCCGCUGCCGCCGGGCUUUGACCUGGAGCAUGUUUCAGGGCUGGCUGCGCAUCCGUCGGGCGAGAUGAUGGCGUUCACCCUGAGGGGUAACAACGCUGUCAUCUUUGUCCUGGACCCGUCGCUGCAAGAGGUUCGGCAGAUCUUGUCGGGCCCAACCUGCAUCUCCUUCUGCUUCUCCGAGAACCGCCUUUUUGCGUGCAUGAGCGGCGCGCGCAUCAUCAGCUACAGCACCGAUUCCUUUGAUGAGGUUGCCCGCUACACGGAAGAAGAGCUCGACUACGAAGAAUAUUACGACUCGGUCGUUGGACCAAACGGGAUGGUGCACGCUGUGGCAACUUAUGAUGACCCCGAUGAGCUCGACCAGGAGGGAGUCUCCGAGGCGAUCGUCGCCUUUGACCCGAUGACGCUGGAGCGGCGCCUUCACUUUGGCCUCGGCGUCUUCAGCAAGGAGAUCUACGGGCUCGCCUUCAUCGGCGACGAGCUCUACGCAGGAGACAGGCGCGGCCGCAGCAUCCGCGUCUUCUCGCUCGCUGGCGUGCACUUGCGGGAGAUCAAGGGCGACUGGCGGGAGCCGUGCCGCUUGCUGCACCACAGCAGCCGGCUCUACCUGAGCGAGCAGCGCGGCGAUGGGGAGGAGGAGGAGGUAGAGGAGGAGGAGGAGGAGGCCUCGGGCGAGGUCGAGGCGACAUGGUCUGAGGACAGGAAGGCGGCCGGCAAGCGCAUCUUCGUCCUCACUCCGGAGGGCGAGACGCUGCAGGUCUGGAAGACAGACAGCGACAUCUCUGGCAUGUACAUCUUUGGGCGCGUGCUGAUCGCAAAGGUCGGCGCAUACAUGGCGGGUGAGUUCAUCACGCUCAAGGGCAUUUGA